GGGUUGAUUGGCAUGCAGGCCUUGGACGUCCAGGAUUAGCCACGCAUUUCGCCAAUCCAGAGGCAGGGGAGGGACGGUGCAGGCGCAGAGAAUUGGGUUUGGCUGGCCUCGAUUUAAAGAGACAGAAGCUGUCGGGGUCCUGGAAGACGGUCCCCAAUACCCUCCCCCCAAGUCCUUGGGACCACUUGGGUCCCCAGAGCUGGGGAGAUGGUUUGUGGCGGCUUUGCCUGCUCCAAGAAUGCGCUUUGCGCUCUCAACGUGGUCUACAUGCUGGUGAGCUUGUUGCUCAUUGGAGUGGCUGCUUGGGGCAAGGGCCUGGGUCUGGUGUCCAGCAUCCACAUCAUCGGCGGAGUCAUUGCUGUGGGAGUCUUCCUUCUCCUUAUUGCAGUGGCUGGACUGGUGGGUGCUGUCAACCACCACCAAGUCCUGCUGUUCUUUUACAUGAUCAUCCUUGGUUUGGUCUUCAUCUUCCAAUUUGUAAUCUCUUGCUCAUGUCUGGCUAUUAACCGAAGCAAACAGACAGAUGUCAUCAAUGCUUCUUGGUGGGUCAUGAGCAACAAGACUCGGGAUGAACUGGAAAGAAGUUUUGAUUGUUGUGGCUUAUUCAACCUCACAACCCUGUAUCAACAAGAUUAUGAUUUCUGCACUGCAAUCUGCAAGAGCCAGAGCCCCACAUGCCAGAUGUGUGGAGAAAAGUUUCUUAAGCAUUCAGAUGAAGCCCUGAAAAUCCUAGGGGGUGUUGGACUCUUCUUUAGCUUUACAGAGAUCCUUGGUGUUUGGCUAGCAAUGAGAUUUCGGAAUCAGAAGGAUCCUAGAGCCAACCCCAGUGCCUUUCUAUGAGACUUUGGAUCCUUCUGACUUCUCUUCUGCUCUCUCUAAGCUUUCUCUUCCUCCCUUAGGGAAUAUCUAGGGUCUGUAACUGUUUUGGUUUGAGAAAAAGGAAAGGCCCCUUGUCACAUCCUCUAAAAUUGAUGGAAUAGCAAGACUUUAUGCCUUGACAUAUUUUAGUGGGAGCCAGACUAUAAGGAAUAAAAGGAAAAACUUUCUCCCUCUCUCUCCAAGAGGAUAUGGGAAGCUUCUAGGAGUGCAUAGGAUGGGGGCUGGAGUCAUUCUUAGCUGUUUCCCUUCCUCCUCCGUCCAUAUACUGGAUCACCUCAACAUACCCUGGUGUGGCUCUAAGGGUAAAUCAGGGAUAGAGCCAAGGAGAAAACAACCAAGAACUCUUUCCUGUAAUAAGCAGGAUCCAGUUUGAGAAAGUUUAGCGAAUAUAAAAGUAAAAGCCAUUUAAAAAUCUAUAUUCUUUUUUUUUUUGACACAGAGUCUUGCUCUGUUGCCCAGGCUGGAGUGCAAUGGCAUGAUCUCGGCUCACCGCAACCUCUGCCUCCCGGGUUCAAGUGAUUCUCCUGCCUCAGUCUCCCAAGUAGCUGGGAUUACAGGUGUGCGCCACCACGCCUGACUAAUUUUGUAUUUUUAGUAGAGACAGGGUUUCACCAUGUUAGUCAGGCUGGUCUCGAACUCCUGACCUCAGGUGAUCCACCCGCGUUGGCCUCCCAAAGUGCUGGGAUUAUAGGCAUGAGCCACCACGCCCCGCCUAAAAUCCAUACUCAAAGAAGCAAUUUCAGUUCCUUUCUAAGCUUUGUCAGUCAAGGGGCUCCACUGACUUCCUAGGCCCUGUAACUUAACCAGUCUUUAAGGUUUUGCAGGAAAGUCCCUUUUUCCAAGUGGUUUUUCCAAAUCGCACAAUGGCAAAGCCAAACAGAGGAAGAAACAUUAAAAAAAAAAAAAAAAAAGACCAUUAUUUCUGUUUUGUUUUUCCUGUAUAAAAAAGGACCCCAAAUAUAAAGGUAGGGAAAGGGACAAGAGGGAACAUACCCCUUAGUGUAGAGAAAUGGGAAGGAGAAGGAGAAGCCUCAAAAGGAGAGGUGGGAGGGGAAUGUCAUUAAGGCAGCAAAGUAAUCUCUGUAGAAAGAUGGAGGAGGAGCCUCCAUAGCCUCAGAGAUAAAGGCAAAGAUUGCCCUCUCAGUGUCCAGAAGGGAAAUGGCAGCUUUUCUUCCUUCCAUGGCAGCCACUCCAUUGCUCACUCCGGAUUACCUUCAUCCUUAUGUAGAUAAGAGUGCUGCAGAGCUCGAAAGGCAGAGAUUCGCUUGUGUGGGUUAAAAGUCAGCAUUUCCUGAGGGGAGAGGCAAAGGUCAGAAAACCAUGAAGAAAACAGAGAGACUUCUGCCCACCCACAACAAUACCUGGGAUGAGCUCUCUUCUUUUUUCUUCUUUUUUUUUUUUUUUUGAGACGGAGUCUCGCUCUGUCA